UCGUUGCCAUCCCCAUCGCAAACCCUGCAAUACCCUAAAAACCUCUGGGAUCACUGCACUGAAAGAGCCAAGAAGAAGAAGAAGAAGAAGAAAAUGGGAAAAGUUCCGGGGUCCCUACGUUCUGCUGUAUCAACCGCACUUAUCAAAAGGCCAUCUUCUCUGGUCCCAUCGGAAUCCCCAACUCAAAGACCCCGUUUCUUUCCCAAGAAAAGCCCAUCAUCCCAACUUUCGGGGAAAACUUCACAAUCCAAAAAUACCAACUCUUCUGAAACCACUAAAUCACCAAUCCUCUUCACCUCCCCGGACCUCUCAGACGCCAAGAAGCUCUUCAAGUCCAUUGUCGCAACGGCAAGGGCCCCACUCAGUCCCCGCUUCCACAAUUCCCUACUCCAGUCCUAUGCCGCAAUCUCCACUGUCGAUGAUUCCAUCUCUCUCCUCCGCCACAUGAUCAAGACCGAACCUUCCUUCUCGCCCGACCGAUCAACCUACCACAUCUUGCUCGCUCAGUCCUGCAAAGCAUCUGAUUCCACCCUCGCCUCCACUCACCAGGCCCUCAAUCUUAUGGUCACCAGCGGCUUCAAUCCCGACAAGGUCACCACCGACAUUGCUGUUCGGUCUCUCUGUCUGUCGGGUCGCAUUGACCACGCCGUUGAAUUGGUCAAGGAAUUAUCUUUGAAACACUCGGUACCGGAUACUUAUACUUACAAUUUUCUUAUCAAACAUCUCUGCAAAUUCAGAGCUUUGAGUGCUGUUUAUAAUUUUAUUGAUGAAAUGCGAAGCUCUUUUGACACAAAGCCUGAUCUUGUUACUUAUACCAUCUUAAUUGAUAAUGUCUGUAAUAGCAAGAAUCUACGCGAGGCCACACGGUUAGUAGAUGUGCUGGCCGAGGAAGGGUUUAAACCCGAUUGCUUUGUUUACAAUACCAUCAUGAAAGGUUAUUGUAUGUUGAGUAGAGGUAGUGAGGCACUUGAGGUUUAUAAGAAAAUGAAGGAGAGUGGAGUUGAGCCUGAUCUCGUUACUUAUAAUACUUUAAUUUUCGGGUUAUCGAAAUCAGGACGAGUUAAAGAAGCUAGAAAGUAUUUGAAUAUAAUGACAGAAAUGGGUCAUUUCCCGGAUGCUGUAACAUAUACUUCGUUGAUGAAUGGGUUGUGUAGGGAGGGAGAUGCAUUGGGCGCUUUAGCUUUGUUGGAGGAAAUGGAAGCAAGAGGCUGUAGUCCAAAUUCGUGCACGUAUAAUACGUUGCUCCAUGGAUUGUGCAAGUCUAAGUUAUUGGAUAAAGGGAUUGAAUUAUAUGGGGUGAUGAAGGAAGGUGGUAUGAAGCUUGAUACAGCUUGUUAUGCCACAUUUGUGAGGGCACUUUGUAGGGAUGGUAGGAUUGCAGAAGCUUAUGAAGUGUUUGAUUAUGCGAUUGAGAGCAAGAGUUUGACUACUGUUGCUGCUUACUCAACCUUGGAGAGUACGCUGAAGUGGUUGAACAAAGCGAGGGAACAGGGCAAGGCUGUUUAACUGGUUCAUCUUUUUUGUUCGAGACGUACGUGUCAUCCUUGGCCAGAAGAAUGCAUUGCCCACGAGCCCAGCCAACUUUUUAGGCAAAAUGCAGCACUUCAAAGGAACAAAACUCCGCUAUCGAGCGUCCGAGGCAUUGUGGCUUAAGACAUAGGACAGUCACGAUGUGAAGACUCAGACCAUUCACGGGGCUAGGGAAUGGUAUGGCCACGAAGCCCUGCAUAGGCCCAUAGAAAGAGGGCCCAAUAUGGGUUUUAUUUAAAAUAUUUGUAAUUUUUAUUUUUAUUUUUAUUUAAAUAAUUUUUUUUUUCUCAAAUGAAAUUGUAAAGAUCAUAUUUAAUAUAUAUAUAUAUAUAUAUUCUUUUUGCU